AACAUGAGUUUUUUACCUCAAGAUAGGGUGUUCUUAUGGGCAAUACUACUACUUUUGGUGUCAAGCACAACAUGCUCAAUAGCUGCUUUUGUGAAGAAAGAAAACAAUAUCAAAUCAGCUGUUUUUCUAUCCCCCAAGUUUGAUCUAGGUCCAGGAUCAGUUGCCAAUAAAUAUUAUUAUGAUGUUGAGUUUCCAAGAGGUCAUAUAGCUCUCAAGAGUUUCAAUGCUGAAGUAGUUGAUGAAGCAGGGAACCCUAUACCUCUUUCAGAAACUUAUCUCCACCAUUGGCUUGUUGUAAGAUACCGUCAACCUAAAACUGUGACAAACAAUAGCCAAUCAGGUAUUGUUACCAUGAGAAACAGUGGCUUAUGCCAAGGUGAUCUUCUUGGACAGUAUUAUGGUCUUGGAUCUGAAACAAGAGGAACAGCUACAGAUAUUCCAGAUCCUUUUGGGAUAGAAAUAGGUAAUCCUUCAGAAAUUCCAUACGGAUAUGAAGAGAAAUGGUUUAUCAAUGUUCAUGCCAUUGAUACAAGGGGUGUACAAGAUAGGAUGGGGUGCACUGAGUGUAGGUGUGAUCUUUAUAAUGUUACAAAGGAUUCAAAUGGCAAGCCCUUGAGUUCAGAUUAUAAAGGAGGGUUGGAUUGUUGUCUUGAUAAUGGCCAAUGCAGGUUAAAGAAAGGCUUUCCAGGCCCAAAGCGAAGCCUCUACCUGAAAUACACAGUAAAGUGGAUAAAUUGGGACAACUUUGUGGUGCCUCUUAAGAUUUACAUAUUCGAUGUAACUGAUACUUUGAAGAUAUCAUCAAAUAAGUUGAAAGGAAUCAGUCGAGAGCACAAUUGCCAGGUUGAGUAUCAAGUUGAACCUUGCAGCAAGGGCCAUAAGGAUGGUAAGGGUUGCCUUAAUGUCAAGAGAACAAGCCUCCCAAUGCCAAGAGGAGGUUAUGUCAUCUAUGGUGUUGCUCAUCAACAUGCAGGUGCAACUGGAUCAACUCUUUACGGACAGGAUGGGAAGGUUAUAUGUUCUUCAAUAGCAAGAUAUGGAAAAGGAAAGGAAGCAGGAAAUGAGAAAGGCUAUGUUGUAGGAAUGUCCACAUGUUACCCUCCACCAGGUUCAAUCAAGAUAUUUGAUGGUGAAACUGUAACUCUAGACGUUGGCUACAACAACAGCAAAAGGCACGCUGGAGUAAUGGGGCUUUUCUACCUAUUGGUGGCGGAAAAGCUGCCACACCAACACAUCAACAUGAGUUUUUUACCUCAAGAUAGGGUGUUCUUAUGGGCAAUACUACUACUUUUGGUGUCAAGCACAACAUGCUCAUUAGCUGCUUUUGUGAAGAAAGAAAACAAUAUCAAAUCAGCUGUUUUUCUAUCCCCCAAGUUUGAUCUAGGUCCAGGAUCAGUUGCCAAUAAACUUUAUUAUGAUGUUGAGUUUCCAAGAGGUCAUAUAGCACUCAAGAGUUUCAAUGCUGAAGUAGUUGAUGAAGCAGGGAAUCCUAUACCUCUUUUAGAAACUUAUCUCCACCAUUGGGUUGUUAUAAGAUACCGUCAACCUAAAAAUGUGACAAACAAUAACCAAUCAGGUAUUGUUACCAUGAGAAACAGUGGCUUAUGCCAAGGUGGUGUUCUUGGACAGUAUUAUGGUCUUGGAUCUGAAACAAGAGGAACAGCAACAGAUAUUCCAGAUCCUUUUGGGAUAGAAAUAGGUAAUCCUUCAGAAAUUCCAUACGGGUAUGAAGAGAAAUGGUUUAUCAAUGUUCAUGUCAUUGAUACAAGGGGUGUACAAGAUAGGAUGGGGUGCAAUGAGUGUAGGUGUGAUCUUUAUAAUGUUACGAAGGAUUCAAAUGGCAAGCCCUUGAGUUCAGAUUAUAAAGGAGGGUUGGAUUGUUGUCCUGAUAAUGGCCAAUGCAGGUUAAUGAAAGGCUUUCAAGGCCCAAAGCGAAGCCUCUACCUGAAAUACACAGUAAAGUGGAUAAAUUGGGACAACUUUGUGGUGCCUCUUAAGAUUUACAUUUUCGAUGUGACUGAUACUUUGAAGAUAUCAUCAAAUAAGUUGAAAGGAAUCAGUCGAGAGCACAAUUGCCAGGUUGAGUAUCAAGUUGAACCUUGCAGCAAGGGCCAUAAGGAUGGUAGGGGUUGCCUUAAUGUCAAGAGAACAAGCCUCCCAAUGCCAAGUGGAGGUUAUGUCAUCUAUGGUGUUGCUCAUCAACAUGCAGGUGGAACUGGAUCAACUCUUUACGGACAGGAUGGGAGGGUUAUAUGUUCUUCAAUAGCAAGAUAUGGAAAUGGAAAGGAAGCAGGAAAUGAGAAAGGCUAUGUUGUAGGAAUGUCCACAUGUUACCCUCCACCAGGUUCAAUCAAGAUAUUUGAUGGUGAAACUUUAACUCUAGAUGUUGGCUACAGCAACAGCAAAAGGCACACUGGAGUAAUGGGGCUUUUCUACCUCUUGGUGGCAGAAAAGCUGCCACACCAACACUUCUAA